UGACCUAUCGAUUCUGCGCAGUACGUGCUCUCUGCCUUCUUUUUCGCAGGAUCUGUAACACCUACCAAUGGCGGACGCACCUCCAGCCGGUAGGGGAGGUUUUCGUGGCGGGUUCGGGGAUCGCGGCCGUGGCCGUGGACGGGGCCGUGGUCGCGGCAGGGGCCGUGGACGGGGCCGCGGAGGCAAGGAGGAGAAGGAGUGGAUGCCAAUGACCAAGCUUGGUCGUCUUGUGAAAGACCUGAAGAUCAAGUCCCUGGAGGAUAUCUACCUUUUCUCACUUCCCAUCAAGGAGUUUGAGAUCAUUGACUUUUUCCUGGGCUCAGCACUGAAGGAUGAAGUGUUGAAGAUCAUGCCUGUUCAGAAGCAGACCCGUGCUGGUCAGCGCACCAGGUUCAAGGCUUUUGUGGCGAUUGGUGACUCCAAUGGCCACAUUGGGCUGGGUGUGAAGUGCUCCAAGGAAGUGGCGACAGCCAUCCGUGGUGCCAUCAUCCUGGCCAAGCUGUCCAUCGUACCUGUCAGGCGAGGCUACUGGGGUAACAAGAUCGGCAAGCCCCAUACUGUGCCUUGCAAGGUGACAGGGAAGUGUGGCAGUGUUCUGGUGCGUCUGAUUCCCGCGCCCCGUGGUACUGGCAUCGUGAGCGCUCCCGUUCCAAAGAAGCUGCUGCAAAUGGCGGGUAUUGAUGAUUGCUACACCUCUGCGACAGGGUCUACCCGCACACUGGGCAACUUUGCUAAGGCAACCUUUGCUGCCAUUGCCAACACCUACACCUACCUGACCCCUGACUUGUGGAAGGAUACUGUCCUGACCAAACCUCCAUACCAGGAGUACACAGACUACCUGGCCAAGGCUCACACCAGGGCAACACCACCUGCACCAAAGUCAUACUAGCUAGACAACCAUGGCUAACAGGCUACAGUACAGUAUGCUGUAUGGCCUAAACCAAUAAAGAGUCAUGAGACUGAA